UUCCUCUCCUAUACCAACGACACUCAAUCGACGAACUAUACAACGACAACUCUUCCAAACUACCCAUUCAAUCCCUCAAUCGAGAUGUCCGUCUGCCCAGUUGUAGGGACUACGACCAAUGUCCUCCCACCCCACCACCCGGCGGUGUCUUCUGACCCCGAGGCCGUCUGCCCUGUCACUAACGCUAAGGUGAAGGACCACAACACCAUUGUCAACCACCCCUCCGCUCCACACAUCCCAUCCGAUGACUCCUCCGCCAUGGACGCCUCCUCGUGCCCAGCCCUUAAGAACGCCAACGCUGGAGAGAGUGUAACCGAUGCGACAUGCCCGGUCGUUGGUCCAGUCAAUGCUCACCUCCCUCCGAGUCACCCGGCGUUAAACGAGAAGGAUGCGGGCGCCGUGUGCCCCAUUACGAACGCGAAGUUGGAACACCACAAGGGAAAGGUUGCGAACCACCCGACUGUUGCCAACGACGCCGCAGCAAAGCAGUGCCCAGUUGUUGGCGCGUCUGCUUAAAGAACGAGUGACGACUGUCAAGUGAAAUGAACGCUGGCCGUGAGGAAAGGCAAUGAUCACGAAUCAAGGAUGGAAACACAGAACGGAUCAUGGAUUUGCAACGGAAAGGAAACUGGUGGAAAUCUGUUUGGAUUUGGGGAUCGAAGUUUUCUUCAUAUUUCUGUUAUG